AUGUACAGAGAAAUUGGAAUGCUUAAUUCUAUUGGUGGAAUACUAUUAACCGUAAAAAUUAUAUCUGCUUAUGAAAACAUUGCUUUAAACAAGCCUGCCUGGCAGCAGUAUCCGUAUCAAAGACAGCAAUGGGGGGCGGAUAAAGCUGUGGAUGGACGAUAUUCAGACAGGUCAGCUGCUGGAGGACAAUGUACCAUAUCAGCCAAUUUUGCACAAAAUGCCACCUGGAGGGUGGAUCUUGAAGAAGUGCUCAGUAUAUAUCAUAUAACUAUUUACUAUAGGACGGAUAAUGCUGUGUGGGAUGAAAACAAUGGAUACACAGGGCGAUUCCUUGGUUUCUCGGUAUACAUUUCGAACACAACCGACAAAAAUGAUGGAAUUCUAUGUUUUAAAGACACAAUGUAUACCAGAGCCACAAUACCGGAUAAUGUUACCAUAGAAUGUGUAAAACAUGGACGGUUUGUAUUUUUUUACAACGAAAGAGACAGAGAAGUUACUUAUCCAUCUGGAUAUUCCAUGACCGCGUACAACGAGCUAUGUGAAGUUCAAGUAUAUGGAUGUUCUACACCAGGAUUUUAUGGAAACACAUGUCUUUUGCCUUGUCCACAGAAUUGUCAAGAGGGUUACUGUAACAUUGUAGAUGGAUCCUGCCUUGGAUGUAUUCCAGGUUUCCAAGGUUCACGGUGUGACAAAAAAUGUGAUGGUUGGCGUUAUGGUGCUGAUUGCAAUAUCUCUUGUGGUUCGUGUCUUAAUUUCGGCCAAUGUCACCACAUUAAUGGAACAUGUUUGAAUGGAUGUGACAGAGGAUUUCAGGGAGAACAAUGCUCUAAAGAAUGCCCUGAAGGACAAUAUGGCAACAACUGCAGAGAGGCAUGUAACAUCAACUGUGGGGUUCCUAAUAGAUGUAACAGAGUAACCGGGGAAUGUCAAGGCGGAUGUAAACCAGGGUGGAAAGAUGUAAAAUGUGAUAAGCAAUGUGACGGUGGUACGUUUGGACUAAACUGUGCUCAGUCAUGCGGGGUUUGUUUUAAUGAAGAACAAUGUCAUCACAUAAACGGAACAUGCUUGAAUGGCUGCGAUAAAGGUUAUCAAGGGAUCGACUGUACAUUAGCAUGUUCUGACGGGCUUUAUGGAUACAACUGCCAGGAGACCUGCAAUAUCAACUGUAGAGUUCGAACGACAUGCGACGCCAUUUCAGGACAAUGUAGCGUGAUGGGACAACAAUUAGGUUUGAGUACCAACAACAAUCUCUAUCCAUCUCUUUACGGAGUUAUAUCAGCUCUCUGUUUAAGCAUUGCUUUAAAUGUCUUUUUUGCUAUAUGCUUUUUAAGAAAUAGAGCUUGUAACAAAUCAAAACCAGAAAGAAAAACCCCAAAAGAGUUGCCAACAGAACACACUGCACCUAACACAGAAAUUUAUGAUAAAGUAGAAGACAACGCUGGGUACCAGGAACUGGGUCAAAUAAGUCAACUUUCUCAUUAUGAAAAAUUACAUUAGAAUUAUUGUGGAAAACUCUUUUUACACGUAGUAUUUAAACCUUUAACCAAAUGGAUUUUUUCAAAAUCUUGUGUAAAUUGAUGACAUGUUUCAUGUAUUUAGAGGGUUGUUUUCAAUUCUUUUUAUUUUCACAAACUUUCAAUUGCAAACAAUUUGUCCCGUUUUAUAUUCUCCAAAGUUUGUUAAGAUAUUACCGGUAUUUUCUAAUUUCGCCCAUACAUGAAAGGGGCGAAAGGGGCAAAAAUGAAAUAAGGACGAAAAAUGGCCUAAAUAUGGUAAUGAUUUGUGAGUUAAACAUGUUGAAAUAACGAACAGUAGUCAGGGUCAAAAGUCCAUAAGAAUUAACAUUUUCACAAAUCUAUAUAUAUCUGUAUCUUUCAAGAAUAUUUAAAAUCCACGCUCGGUUAUUAAUAAGACACCAGAUAUAUAAUGUUCACUUACAGAACAUUUGUCUGUAGAUUCAUUUUCUAAAAUAACUUUUUAAAGAAACAUAAGACUUAGUAUACUGUGAAGAUAUCACGAUUGAAUUGUACUGUUAAGCAAAGAAAGACUGCACAAUAGAAAUGCCGGAGAAUCUAGGUUGUAUGUACCCUUUCGUCUUGUUCGUGUACAUUUAUGUCAAGAUCACGUCACUUUUGUUUUUUAGCUCAAACUUGUAGACAUUUAAAGGUGAGAAAUAUGUUUAUACAAUUUUUUUUAAAAGAUGGCAUCAAAAGUCUUGCUCUACAUGUAUUCAGGGUUAUUUAAAACCAUGGUAUCUAUGGUAACUUAUUCAAAUUUAAUGCACAUGUGUACAUUUGGGAGGAAUAAAUGAAUGUAUCGUGUUGUUAUAAGGACGUACUGAAAUUAUUUAAACUUUCAUUUUUCUCCAUAAAAAUAGAUUUUUGGGGGUUCUUAAACCUGUAAUUUACCUCAUACUUUUAUGAAUUGAAAAAACAUAACUCGGGUCAUGCAUGAAUUCUACUUUUAUCAAA